CAGUCAUUGGCUCCCUGUGGUUUCCUUGGGGACGUGGCGCCGCCGCCCGCCCGGGCCUCUUUCCGGCUGGGCUGGAGGCGGCGGAGAACCGCUCUGGACGCAGCAGAACGUCGCGGAGGGAGCCUGCGGGCCGCUGGACCUGCUGCAGACUUAGGAGAUGCCUGAGACAAGGAGACCAGUUUCUCAGGGCAAAAAGAAAAGGAGGUGACAGGCACUGAGACCACUGAAGGGAUCCCAUGGCUAGGAUCAGUUUUUCCUACCUCUGCCCAGCCUCCUGGUACUUCACUGUGCCAACAGUAAGCCCAUUUCCCCGUCAGCGGGUGGCAUUCCUAGGACUCUUCUUCGUAUCCUGUCUCCUAUUACUUAUGUUAAUAAUGGACUUUCGACAUUGGGGUGCUUCAUUACCACGAGAUAGGCAAUAUGAAAGGUAUUUGGCUCGAGUAGGGGAGCUUGAAGCAACGGACACUGAAGACCCAACUCUGAAUUAUGGACUUGUUGUGGACUGUGGCAGCAGUGGCUCCCGGAUUUUUGUUUAUUUCUGGCCAAGACAUAAUGGCAACCCCCAUGAUUUGCUGGACAUCAAACAGAUGAGAGACCGCAACAGCCAACCAGUGGUUAAAAAAAUCAAGCCAGGAAUCUCUGCAAUGGCAGACACCCCGGAACAUGCCAGUGAUUACCUUCGUCCUCUGCUGAGCUUUGCUGCUGCUCAUGUGCCUGUGAAGAAGCACAAGGAGACACCCCUUUACAUCCUAUGCACAGCAGGCAUGAGGCUUCUCCCUGAGAGAAAGCAGUUGGCCAUCUUGGCUGAUCUAGUGAGAGAUUUACCACUGGAGUUUGACUUCCUCUUUUCCCAAUCUCAGGCAGAAGUGAUCUCUGGGAAGCAGGAAGGAGUUUACGCAUGGAUUGGAAUCAACUUUGUUUUGGGAAGAUUCGACCAUGAGGAUGAAUCAGAUGCCGAGGCUCCCCAGGAACUGGCAACAGGGCGCAGAAGAACAGUAGGGAUACUGGAUAUGGGAGGAGCCUCUCUUCAAAUUGCUUAUGAAGUUCCUACCUCAACCUCGGUCCUUCCUCCAAAACAGGAAGAAGAAGCAAAGAUCCUGCUGGCUGAAUUCAACCUGGGCUGUGAUGUGCAACAUACUGAACAUGUGUAUAGGGUUUAUGUCACAACCUUCCUGGGUUUUGGGGGCAACUUUGCCCGGCAGCGCUAUGAAGACCUUGUGCUGAAUGAAACUCUUACCAAAAAUAGGUUGCUGGGCCAAAAGACGGGUCUGAGUCCGGACAAUCCAUUUCUGGAUCCCUGCCUGCCUGUGGGCCUCACAGAUGUGGUAGAGAGGAACAGCCAGGUGCUACAUGUGCGAGGAAAAGGAGACUGGGCAUCUUGCGGUGCAAUGCUGAGCCCCCUACUGGCUCGCUCCAAUACCAGCCAGGCUUCGCUGAAUGGCAUCUACCAGUCGCCAAUUGACUUCAACAACAGCGAGUUCUACGGUUUCUCUGAAUUUUUUUACUGUACAGAGGAUGUGUUACGCAUCGGUGGCCGAUAUCAUGGGCCAACAUUUGCCAAAGCUGCUCAGGAUUACUGUGGCAUGGCUUGGCCAGUACUAACUCAGAGAUUCAAGAAUGGCCUCUUUUCAUCACAUGCAGAUGAGCAUCGACUCAAAUAUCAGUGUUUUAAAUCGGCUUGGAUGUACCAAGUCCUGCAUGAAGGAUUCCACUUUCCCUAUGACUACCCACACCUGCAGACAGCCCAGCUGGUAUAUGACCGAGAGGUUCAGUGGACACUGGGAGCCAUUCUGUAUAAAACACGAUUCUUACCACUCAGGGAUCUACGGCAAGAAGGUGUCCGGCAGGCCCAUGGUAGCUGGUUCCGUCUCUCCUUUGUCUACAACCACUAUCUCUUCUUCGCCUGUAUCCUGGUGGUGCUACUGGCCAUCAUACUGUAUCUUCUGCGGCUACGCCGAAUUCACCACCGACAAACUCGAACCUCAGCUCCAUUGGACUUGCUAUGGAUCGAGGAGGUGGUACCCAUGAUUGGGGUACAGGUGGGGCCUUGAGGCCAGACAAGGACUUGGGAAGCUCCUGUACCCCACAGUUGCUGCCCAUUGAAUUCCACCAUUUUCUUGUACUGGCCUCAGAUGCUGCUUUGCCUGACCUUAGGAUAUUUGGCCUUGGAAUUUCUACCUUAAUAUCUACUUUAAUUCCUUUUCAAUAUCCAGGUCCUCUUCUCUGAGAGAAGCUGUAAUUUAGUCUGUGAAGAACUAAAUAAUGAGAGUUUGGUGCUAACAAAGAGGACCAAUCUUAGUCCAGUUGAAGCAUGCUUCUACUCCUUUAUCUGAGAGGUCUAGUGUGUUCCUGGCAUCUAGACUUUUCUCCCCUUGCUAAAGCAUGAAAUUUGGCAUUGGGUAAACUGGAAGCUUGGUUAUAACCAAACUUGGAGCAUCUGAUACAAAGCUGAAGACAUUCCAGCAAGUGCAGCAGCCCCUUCUUUCUCUGUAACAGAGAUAAUCAUUUACAUGGAGAUCCACACCCUUUAGUAGGGAAUCCAAGAUAUUUGCAUUUCAGUGGAACAUAUAGGAACUUCCACGCAACCAAAAUAACAUAGUUUCUUUGCUUACUUGACAAAGAAGCCAUUAUGAGUGUGGCCCAAGAUCCCUGAUGUGUUGCUGAAGUUAAUUAAUUAGUAUGUGAUUUUAAAAGGUUAGAAACCCUUCUAAAUGAAUGGUCAAAGACUAAUGAUAUCUUAUGUGAUACCUGGUAUGCCCAGGAUAGAAAAUGUUUCUGUGUCUAUGCUUCACUGGCUGUUUGGGCAUUAAUUUUUCUUUUUAAGCCUUAAGUGUACUUGUGGGUGGAGAAACUGAUGCGAUUGGAGAUCUGGAUUUGUCUGGUUUUAAGUUACUGUCUGUAGGCCUAUUUCAAUGAGCCUCUUUACAGCAAAAUUCAAAAGGGGUUCAUUUAUUUCACUAAGAUCAAUAUAUAGUUCAGAAAGGGGUGUAUUUGGAUUGUUUUUAAAAGAAGGAAAGAACAGCAUCAGGAGAGUGGGCAAAGGCAAUAAAAUCCAAGCUCUUACUUUUUCGGAGAAAUAGAAAUUUUCUCAAUUUGACCCAUGGAAUGUCUGAAAAGAAGCAAAUUCUAAACUUAGGAAUAAAUAGAUAAAUCUGCUAACAAGCCACCUGGCAAAUUUCAGAACUUUUAUUAAGAGAUUGCUCCAUCACAGACAGCAUUCCCAUUAAUGAGGAGAGAAGAAAAGCCAUAUGAUUACAUUUUCAUCCACUACCUUGCAGGAGCUUUGUUCCUCCUCUACAUGUAGCCUUUAAAUUGCACCUUCCCCCAUGGGAUCUUUUUCACUUUAUCCUGUCCUACAUGUAGCCUCCAAUGUCCUUCCCAAGAAUUGCUUCCAGAUUUGAAGUAGCUUUCUUUUCUUUUUUGUCACUUUAUUUUUAGGGUUAGAUGAGUACAGUAAAUGAUCCCUGACUGUAAUGGGGGAGAAAAGUAGAAUUCUUAAACCAUAAAUAACAUAGUGUGAGCAGAAAGAAAUUAAAUGCUUCAUAAAACAAAGAAAAAUAAAUCAAGAUCCUCCUGGAGAUAAACUGAGAUGAAAACUCUCUGUUAGUUGGUAGGUGAAAAGAUGAUGAGUCUAAAUUGUUUUCAAAACAGAUAAAAAUGGAUCUAGCAAAGAGUCUUCUAGUUUUCUCUGGAACUAUUUUUACUUUCAUUAGGGCUUUGUGUCACAGCAGUUUCCUUUCAUCUUUAAGACUUCUAAAUUGCCUUGAUUUUGACUUCUUCUCUUUGGGUCCCUGUGAGUGAGCCCUCACCUUGAGUGCUGCUUAGAAAUAAUGUCAGAACAUGUUUUUUUGCUAGCCAGUGCCUCCCCAGGUACUCUUUUUCCCUCAUCUUGGUUUUCUCAUGAGAUCUUCUCAGUGAUCUGGUCAAAAGCUACCUAAUUAGCUAAUAGUGAUGACAUUUGUGUGCUGGAAAUGAAGCUGCAGCAGGGAGGUGGUGAGGAGUCCAGUUUGAAAACUCUUUAUUAAUGAAAUUAUUCUUCCUCCUGGUUCUAAAAAUGGUAGCUGCCAUCUAUUAAGCAUUUAUUGUGUGCCAUACACUCUUCAGAAUUUUAUGUAUAUUAUUUAAUCAUUAUGACAGCCUUUUUCAGAUGAAUAUUACUUUUUGUGUUUUUAUAAUUGAGAAACCCAGGAUAUCAUACGCUUAUCCUUUUUUUCAAUGUAAAUGUAUUAUUCUUAAUUUAUUUUAAUUAGCUUUUAACUUUUUGUUUAGUGUAUUAUAUCCUAUUUAUUAUUUUCAUAUUAUAGGACCUAGGCUUGUCUUUGUUACCACGAGUAUGACUUUUCAGAGUUCUAUGGUAUAAACAUAAGAAGGACAUGUUUUUAUCAUACCCCUCAGAAAAACUGAGUAUUUGCUAUUGGUAUUGGUUCCUGUGCCUCUUUCAUUGUUCUCAAUUAAUCAUUUUAAAUGAAAUCUCAUUAGGUAGAAACAGAAGCCACUUAUUCUUGGAAGGCCAAUUACUUAUAUGUAUUGCUUUCUCAUGAUCAUCCUGUGAAUAGAAUUGAUCCAUCUUGUCUUUUAGCCCUUAGUCUUUAAAGAUUUCUUAAGAUCUGUGUUUGUAUUUCUGCAUUUUCAGUGGUUUUCCUGUGAAGAUAAUUACAGUUUCAUUAAAGUCACAUCCCAGAAGUU